CCUGCAAAGUCUCAAGGCGCAACCACCGAUCGAUGAGGACAAAACGAGCAAUGGAUGAAAACCAACCGCUUGAAAGGGGAAAGUGAAAGCAAAAGCAAAAGGGGCUGAACGUGAAGAGAGAAAUUCUUCAUCUUCAGCCUUCGGUCAAUUCUACUCUCUUUGGAGCAGGGCGAAUUCAACUGUGAUAUCACGAGGAGGAUGGAGAAGAAGAAAUGAGGCUUCUUGUUGGUCUGUUGAUGCGAUAUCCCCUAAUCUACUGCUCAGGAGGGUUUCUUCUUCAGCCCUAAAUUCUUGAUUUGCUCUCUUUCUUCUGCAAACCGUAGAUCCUUUCUUCGUCUUUUCGUUCUCGUUCUGCGUGUGAAUAAUUUUCUCGAGACCAAUGUUUGAAGUCUUCUUCGACUUUUGAAGGGUUUCUGGCCGGAAUCUGAGAGUCCAAUUCUGGAAGUUGCGGACAACAUUGUCACUCCUUCCCCCGAAUUGGAUGUUUUUACAAUUGGCGGCGAACUGAGCCCUGGCUCCAGGCACCUUUGCACCUUAGUGCACAACUACGUCAGUGCAUUUGCUGCACAAUCUUGUUCUUGUUCCCUACUCUCUCUUGUUCGAUUCUCCUGUACAUCAUCAAAAAGCCUCAAACUGCUGCUGAAAGCGCAAACAGAUGGAUGAGGAUUGGGAAAGAUGUUUAGUGGAGUUGCAUCAAUUCGCUACUAACCACUCUGGUCUGCCAGUGACAUGCACAUCGUGCCAAAGAGUCAUUUCACCUGAUAAUGAGGCUGGGGAUCUUGAAGGAAUCAGCUUGUGUGGAGAUUGUAAAUUUUUGUUUCUAGAAGAAUCUGGGACCCCCAUGAAUGACACCCAUCAAAGGAGAACUAGAACAAGAACAAGAUACAGCAGUUCGGAGUCAAUCGAGAAUCUUUUCUCACAACAUUUUUCACAUAUAGCUAGUCUGGCAAUGCAAGGCCAGCCAACUGCACUUGGUCGUGAGAGUCAAGCUGCAGAUGGUGAUGCAGCUGUGAGGUUCCAGCAGCAUGCACAUUCCCGAACUACUCCAACUGGCUCUAGAAGAUGGAGCAUACUGUCUGAUACUGAAAGUGAUGGGUUUGAUUCUGUUUAUGGGGAUAGUGAGUCGAAUAUUAGCUUUGGUUUUAAUGGGUACAGAUACUUCAGAGAGAGUGACGGGAUCUCAUUUAGUGCUUAUGGAGGGGACUCUGAGGGUUCAGUAGAUGGGCGUAGCAUAUUGGAGACUGAUAUGUUUGUGCAUCCAGAUGCAGGAAGUGAUCUUGGUGGUGAUACUGAUAUUGACCCCAUGCAUGCAGGUCUCGACCAAUGGAACUCAGAUGAUCAAGAAGACGACUAUGAUGAAGAUGAAGAAGAUAAUGACUGGGAAGAAGCUGAUACUGAGGAAAAUGCUGCUGAAUCUUCAGUGGGGGUCCAGUUUCAAACUUCUUUAGGUCCAAGUGAAAGCAAUUCCCCUAUUAUAUGGCUAGGGCAGCUUCGUUCUCCUGAAUCCCCGGGAGCCAUUAGUCUUAGAGCCGGGGAAAGGAGGGAAACAAAUAUCCAUAACAUUUUUGCUGAACCUGAGAUGCUCCAACUCCAAGUUUAUAGGAGUCCUGAGAAUGAUCGUGCAAGACAUUUUCAAUCGCUGCUUGACAGUCUUGCUGAGCAUGACAACGCAAGAAGAGGAGCACCUCCUGCUUCAGUAUCCUUUCUGAAUGAUUUACCUCGUGUGGUCAUCAAAGAGGACCAUGAGAACACCGAUUGUUUGGUCUGUGUAAUCUGCAAAGAUUCUCUCUCGGUUGGGACUGUUGCAAAUCAGCUUCCUUGUCUUCACCUGUACCACCCUGCCUGUAUAUUGCCAUGGCUGCAAGCUCGGAACACAUGCCCCCUGUGUCGGUACGAGCUUCCAACUGACAACCAAGAUGUCGAGGAACGGAGGCGUAACACUAGCAGCAGACGUUUGGAGCAUGAGAUCCAGCAGCAGGAGAUGAGCGACUAUAGUUCCUCUGAGGAAGAGGAAGAGGAGGAUGAUGAUGAUAUAGGCGACCGAGAGUUUUAUCUUUUCGCAAGAGAGGAGGCGGCGGCAGAACUUGCAACUGAAGAGCACCAUGCCACAUGGAGCUCCAGUAGGGAGAGUGGAAGUGGGAGUGGGAGAGGUAGAUGGUUGUUUCUUGCAGCUGCUCCUAUCGUCGGCCUCUUCGGUAUUGCUCUGAUGUUGUGGUUAGGCAACAGUGGCUGCCAUAGGUUCCGGCUACCGGAUCCCAGUUCUGGCGGCCGGCCACUCAACCAAAGGGAGAACAGGAGCAGGAGGUGGUGGUGCCCUUUCUAAAGAAACCAUUUAUUUUGAUGAACUUUUAUUAGGGGUGUAGUAGUCUUGGCUUUAGCUUAGCGUCUUUAAUCAUAUCCCCCAAAAAAAUGUUUCUGCCAUUAAGCGUGUACAGCCUUCUUGGUUGAACGAAGUCUUUUCUGCGUAAGCGUUGGUUGCAAGCAGAUAAGAGAAGGGGCUGUAGAAUGGAAUUAUUAGAUAAAACCACGAUUCCAGUGUUGUUUUGAUAACAAUAUUAAUAUAAAUCCCAAUGAAAAAUGGAAUUGAAUC